UAUCUUAUGACGUUAUUUCUGCGCGCGAAACAAUGACAACAACAACAACGAUGGCAAAAGGCUGUAUUGCUACAUAAGUGGCACCUUUCCUCAUUGUAUCCUUGCAGCGGUUUAUUUUGGUUUUAGUUAUUUUAUGGUUUGCGCGAUUGAAACAAAGCAUUAAAUGAGGUAAUUUAGCCUACAUUUGAUUGAACAUUUCCAUUUGUAUUGUACUUGUAUGCAUGUAAAACAACGAUGGAGGACGCCAAGAUCGGAGCUGCACUUUUGUUACUCUGUGGUUACUUAGUUGGUUUUAUGAUGUUAACAUUGGAGUUUGAUAGACGGCGUGAAAUCCUGAGACAAUCGACCCAAAGAGCAAGGGAGAGGAGAGCGAAGAGGCGAAAACUGCUGCGAAAGUUUGGAAUAUUUUAUAUCACGAUGGCCCAAAGAGAAAUGCAUUGCUUCAGGAGAAGGAGAAAGAUAUUGUUGCGUCUGUGUGCACUACGUUCCUCACCAUCUGUUUGGGUUUACAAAAGAGAAGAUGACUGGUGGAAAACCGUCGUUCCCAGUUUUACUGACCACCAGUGGAUAGAGAAUUUCCGGAUGUCUAAAGAAACGUUUCAGUACAUCUGUCGUCGUGUGCAGCCUGCGAUGGAGAAGAUGGAUACGAGGUAUCGUCUGUCUGUGCCACUCCAAAAAAGAGUUGCUGUUGCCUUGUGGAAGCUAGCCACAAACGCCGAGUACAGGACUGUUGCCCAUCUUUUCGGAGUUGGCAUUGCAACUGCCUGUGACUGCGUGAGAGACUUCUGCUCCUCUGUGUUAGAGAUUCUAAUGCCCGAAGUUAUUCAGGUACCUACUGCAGAGAAGCUGAACGAAAUGACUCUGUACUUCGAGCAAAGGUGGGGGCUACCACAAUGUGUUGGCUCCAUUGGUAGCUCACAUAUCCCCAUUUUGGCCCCACUGGAGUUUCACACCGAAUAUAUCAAUCGUAAGGGAUGGUGCUCCAUUUUAUUGCAGACAGUAGUUGAUGGGAAUGGGCUCUUUUGGAAUGUCUUUGCAGGACUACCUGGCAGCUUGCCCAGUGCCAGAGUACUGCGUUUGUCCCCAUUGUGGAAACUGGCCGAAAGGGGCAUGCUGUUUCCACAACAACAAAGGUGCAUUGGUGGGCAAGGCGUAGACCACUACAUCCUUGGAGAUGCAGACUAUCCACUAAGAAGUUGGCUCAUGACGCCUUUUACUGACGACGGCCGUCUGACUGAAGGACAACACGUGUACAACUACACGACCAGCAAGGCAAGGGUGGUUGUUGAAAAUGCCUUUGACCGACUGAAGGGAAGAUGGAGAUGUUUGCUGGAACGCAAUGACUGCAGCCUUGAGAGAGUGAAGUCCAUGGUGCUCACCAGCUGUGUGCUCCAUAACCUCUGUGAGAGCAAUGGUGAGGAGUACAGGGAGGAAUGGGAUAAAUCAGUCCCAUUUGCCCAGCCGGAUGAGCCGCUUGCACCUGGUGCAGAGACUGAAGGAAUGGGAGUACGUGCAGCCUUAGUGCAUUAUCUGACCACUGUUGACAACUAAAUUAACACAACACACAAAUCUUUGUUAUUGUUCAUUUCUUAAUAAAUAUUUGAUUUUAGUUUGUCUCAUAUUUCUUUCAUACAGAGCCCCUCAGAGGACAAGAAUAACGUUCUGUUUUGGGUUUCCUUGCAAAAAAAAUAACCAUGGUUUUACUAUAGUAUUAUUGCAAUAAACAUGACUGUAGUAACUAUGGUUUGUUUUGUGGUUACUAAGGUUUUACUACAAAUGCCUUGUUUAAACUAUGUUUACUGUAGUAAAACCAGUUCAUUUUCAUAAAUAUUUGAAAACCUUAGUUACCACAAAAUGUACCAUUGUUUUACUACACUAACCAAUUUUAACCAUUAAAUGUACCAUUGUUUUACUACAGUAACCAUAAUAUUUACCAUUAUUUUACUACAGUAAGCAUGUUUUAACCACAAAAUGUACCAAUAUUUUACAACAGUAAGCAUAUUUUAACCAUGAUAUUUAACAUUAUUUUACUACACUAAAUUAAUUUGAACCAUAUUUGUGGCAAAACUGUAGUAAUUAAACAGUAAACCCAAAACUAUGGUUUUAAUAAAUCCUAAUCAUUCUGCAAAAAAAAAAAAAGUGGUUAGUUUUUAGUAACACCACUGUUAAUUUGCAGUAAAACAUUAUUAUUAUUAUUUGGCAGGAUGAGGAUUUUACUACAAUAGUUUUGGUUUUUAUGUAUUAUUAGGUUGUACUAUGUACAGGUGCAUCUCAAUAAAUUAGAAUGUCGUGGAAAAGUUCAUUUAUUUCAGUAAUUCAACUCAAAUUGUGAAACUUGUGUAUUAAAUAAAUUCAAUGCACACAGA